CACAGCGCUAUCAUAUUCAAAUUCGCUGUUUAAUAAGAUGACGAAGUCUUUGAAAAGGCAUUUGGAGUUGCAGGGUCCAAGGCCAGCACCUCUUAUGGUAAGCAAGAAUUCACAGAAGGUGAUGAAGAAGAAGCCAGUCAUAGUCUAUCUCAUAUCUCCCAAGAUUAUUCAUGUCCAACCUGAAGAGUUUAUGGGUUUGGUUCAACGGCUUACUGGGAAUAAUAAUAAUCAAGGUUGUCGAAAAUCCAAGGUUAAUAACAUUAGGGCUGCUAAUUCUCAGUCUUGUACUUCUGCUUCCACUACUUGUUUGAUCGACCAAGAAGGUUUCGUGAGUGAGAGCCUACGGAAGCCCAACAAUAAUAGGGCAGAUGAGUACUGCGAUGAUCGUGUACCUUUUGGAAUACCUACUACAACAACCUCCAACUUUGCUGAAAUCUUCUAGCAAUAUAACAGUAUAUGUAUUUGUGUAUUUGUCUGUAGAAAUAUUUACAUAUGUUAACAUCAAAAGCAUGUUAUCCGGGUUACUUGAGUUCGAGAAAAGCUAGGUUUCAUAUAUUAGUCCAGCUUUUAGCUUUGUAUGCCAGAAUUUAUUAAGGUUAUUUGAUGGAUAUAUAUCAUAUAAUCCAUUUUUUUCAUGUAUGAGUUUUGCAGGAUGUUUGAUUUUUAUUUUGGUUGAAAUUAUUUACAUGAAUAGCAGGCGGCAAGCUUUUCCUGGUGGUGGUUCAUUUCUGAUGAAGAAUGACCAUCUCAGUGAGAGCUGUAUGAUUAUUUGUUUGCUGUUGUUGUUUCUUUCCUCGUCUUUCUCAUUCAAGUUGUAUAAUUGGCUGUGUUAUGAAAUGAAAUCAUUCGUUAUUGAUCAAAAAA